AUGUCUGAUACACCAGAAGGCUCGCCGCCAGCAUCUCGCCGUCGGUCAUCUUCUCGCACACAACAGACAACAUUCGAAUUCAAUUUCGACAGUCGAAAUGAAUCUGAUAUUGAUAAAAUCGUCCCAAAGCUCAAAGGAGAAGUCAACAGGGCUAACUGGGAACACCGUUUUUACAUGGCUUUGAAGGAGAACAAUAAGGCAUACAUUCGUGUCAUUCAAGAGGAACAUACUCGUCCUUCCCGGCCUGACUUCCUUGAUAUCACAGAAGAAGCUAUACGACAGCUUGCUAUCAUCAAGGUUGGUGGGAAUGCUGAUCUUGUCACCGAUCUAGUCAUUCGUGAACUAGCAAAGGAACGUCAGUAUGAAAACACUCGGCUACGCGCCGACUGGCAAAAGGAGAUGGACAAGUGGGAUACAUGUAACACCCGUGCAUGUAAUCUGAUGUUUAGUACUCUUGACCCUAUUCCUGCCUCUCUUGUCGACAAAGUGGAGAAUGCUAGAGAAGCAUACAAGAUCCUCCAAGCUGAAUACGGUACUCCAUCCUGGCAACCCAAUUUCAAGCGAUUUAAAAUCCUUUGUGCCCUCCAAUACAAAGGUAACAAUCCCCAGGACUUCGUACGUCGCUUCAAAGAAGCACUGUUCGAGAUCUAUCAACGUGGUUCAAGCCUUGAUGCCAAUACCACUCUCAACUUCUUCAUUCGUUCAAUUCAGAACAAUCCCCGUUGUAAAGUCUUCAUUCAAGCCUUGAAACCCAACCUCAAAGAUCCAAACUUCAUGGUAGAGAUAUACCGUGAAUUCAAUCUUACAGAAGGAUCAUCAAAGAUUGCUAUUGGGUAUAACUCGAUUCCUUCGGUUCAUACCACAUCGUCUAAUUCAAAGGACACCAACUCUUCUAGCUCUAACUUCGACAAGAAGAAAGAUGCUAAGAAAGGCUACAACAAGCAGUCGAACAAUUCCAAUUCAAGCACCCAAGCACAGGAUCAAGGUUCUUCAAUCAUAACUGAUCGUCACAUUCCAGUCGAUUUUCUUAAUGAAUAUGACUACCACACGGUGCCUACACAGUGCUAUGACAAUACAGGUUUCGGUAACAAGAAACAAGUUCAACCCCGUCCUUCCUCACCCUUCCGAUAUCGUUUCAGUACUCCGCUGCCGACUGUUGAAGAUAAUCCUGAAAAACAUCUUGACAUACCUACGAACCUUCCUCUCGAUCACAUCCAUCCUUUCAUUCUCGAAGAACAAGCUCCGGAGAUCCUUCCAGAUCCUGAUACAUUUUUGUUACCAACCGAUGAUAAAAUGGCGAGUAGCUUUGGUAGGUUUAUGGAGGCACAACGGGAGGAUACUGGUGCCCACUUUGAAGUAGGUGGGCGAGGGACUCUCGUCGAGUCACAACCUGCUUCCCGGCAGGUUGUUAAUGAGGAUAUUCCCACGGACAUGAAUGUUCAUCAAGCACCAUUUCAACAUGAUCAACUUCCUUCAUAG